CCCCGGCGGUGAAAUUGACACGGCGGAGAGAGUCCCCGUGAAACUGACCAGCGCGGAGAAGGGCCGGGUGAAACUGACGUCGCGAAGAACUUCCCCGUGACAUUGACAUCGCGGAGGGCGUCCCAGCUCCGAGCCUCGUCUCUUCCCCACCGGACCGGACCGGACCAGCCAUGCUGCUGCGCGGCUCCCUCUGGCUCUGCCUGGCCGCCCUGCCCGCCCUCUGCGCCCCGCUGGAGACGGAGAUCGUCACCCCCAUCCGCUUAGACCCGGACCUGAGCGGGCGGCAGUAUUCCAAGAGGGGGCCGGCGGAUCCUCCCCAGCACAGGGCGAUCUACCAGAUCACCGCCUUCCACGAGGAUUUCUACUUGAACCUGAGCCCGGACGCUCAGUUCAUCGCGCCCCACUUCGCCACGCAGUACCUGGGGCCCCGCGCCGGCCGGGGCGAGGAGGGCGCGCCGCGCCACUGCUUCUACUCCGGGGACGUCAACUCGGACCGGGACUCCUUCGCCGCCCUGAGCCUCUGCGGGGGGCUGACGGGGGCCUUCGGCUACCGCGGGGCGGAGUACCUCAUCAGCCCCUUCCAGAACGACAGCGGCAACCGGGCGCUGUGGAGCAGCCAAGGCGAACACCUGUUGCAGCGCCGCAGCGCGCCCGGCCCCGCCGGCAGCCCCACCUCCCGCUGCGGCGUGGGCUCCAACCUGAACCCAGCCAUCCUGCAAGCCCUGGAGAAGUACAAGGUCUCGCAGCAGCAGCAGGGGGCGGCGGCGGCGGCGGGCGGCUGGAGGCCGGGCAACGAGACCGGCGCCCGGCCGGCCAAGAAGGGCGGCCGCGCCAAGCGCUUCGUCUCCAUCCCGCGCUACGUGGAGACGCUGGUGGUGGCCGACGAGUCCAUGGUCAAGUUCCACGGCGACGACCUGCAGCACUACCUGCUCACCCUGAUGGCCACGGCGGCCCGCCUCUACCGGCACGCCAGCAUCCUCAACCCCAUCAACGUCGUGGUGGUCAAGUUCCUGGUCAUCGGGCAGGACGACAAGGGCCCCAAGGUCACCAGCAACGCCGCCCUCUCCCUGCGCAACUUCUGCGUCUGGCAGAAGAAGUGGAACAAGGGCAGCGACAAGCACCCCGAGUACUGGGACACCGCCGUCCUCUUCACCAAGCAGGAUUUGUGUGGAGCUACCACCUGUGACACCUUGGGAAUGGCAGAUGUGGGCACCAUGUGCGACCCCAAACGCAGCUGUUCAGUCAUUGAAGAUGACGGACUUCCUUCUGCCUUCACCACGGCUCACGAGCUGGGGCACGUGUUCAACAUGCCUCACGACAACGUGAAGGUCUGCGAAGAGGUCUUUGGGAAGCUGAAGACCAAUCACAUGAUGUCGCCCACUCUCAUACAGAUCGACCGCACCAACCCUUGGUCGGCCUGCAGUGCGGCCAUCAUCACAGACUUCUUGGACAGCGGGCACGGUGAGUGUGGGGAUGGGGUGGAUGGCAACUGGGGGAAGUGGGCACCCUAUGGCCCGUGCUCUCGGACCUGUGGUGGAGGAGUCCAGUUGGCGAAGCGUGAAUGCAACAACCCCGCACCUGCCAACGAAGGGAAGUACUGUGAAGGGGUUCGAGUGAAAUACCGUUCCUGUGGCCUGGAUCCCUGCUCAGACUCAGGUGAGGUGGUGGAUGGCACCCCAUGCUCCCCAGACUCCACCUCGCUGUGUGUCCAGGGCAAGUGUAUCAAGGCUGGAUGUGACGGGAAACUUGGCUCGAAAAAGAAGUUUGAUAAGUGCGGAGUGUGCGGUGGGGACAACAAGAGCUGCAAGAAAGUCUCCGGCCUGUUCACCAAGCCCAUGCACGGCUAUAACUUUGUGGUGCUCAUCCCAGCCGGUGCAUCCAGCAUUGAUAUCAGACAGCGAGGCUACAAGGGCCUAAUCAGUGACGACAACUACCUGGCCGUGAAGAACGGGCAUGGCAAAUACCUCCUGAAUGGGCAUUUCAUCGUCUCGGCGGUGGAGAGGGACCUGAUGGUGAAAGGCAGUGUGCUGCGCUACAGCGGAACGGGGACAGCGGUGGAAAGUCUCCAAGCCUUUAUGCCCAUCCAGGAGCCACUGACGGUGGAGGUGCUUUCGGUCGGGAAGAUGACUCCGCCUCGGGUACGGUAUUCCUUCUACCUGCCAAAGGAAAACAGGGAGGACAAGUCCUCAUACCGCAAAGACGGGAAGCGCCCGCCUGUCCUCAACAACAGCAUCCUUACCCUCUCCAACCGCCUGGAUACAGGCCGGCCGGAUUACAAACGCCCCUCUUACAAGUGGGCCACCACCAGCUGGGAGGACUGUUCCGUCACCUGCGGCAACGGGCUGCAGAAGCGCAUGGUGCUGUGCCGUGACGCCCUAGGCCAGCUGGCCUCCGCUUGCGAUGCCACUCAGCGGCCCACCGACAUCAGGAUAUGCGGUGACCCCUGCCCCGCAUGGGAGGCGGGACCCUGGUCGCCCUGCUCCAAAACCUGUGGCAGGGGGUUCAAGAGGCGCAUACUGAAAUGCACAGGACGGGGCGGUGUUCUGCUGCCCCGCGACCGCUGCAACCUCAGGAAGAAGCCCCAGGAGCUGGACUUUUGUACCCCGAGACCAUGCUGA